AGUAGUGGACCCAGCAGCCCCGCCGCCCGAGGGGCUGAGCCGCUGGCUGGGGCGGUGCCGCAACUGCCGGAAGCGGGAUGCCUUGAACCUGGGGUGAGCUCCGCCUGUCGCUGCUUCUUUUCCCAGCCUAUCACUCUCGGAAUAGAAACUAUGUGAAGCAAUAUUCUUUCUGGAUUUCAUAAGACGUCACUUCAUCAUGGGACAGCAAAUUUCGGAUCAGACUCAGUUGGUUCUUAACAAGUUACCAGAAAAAGUAGCAAAACAUGUCACAUUGGUUCGAGAAAGUGGCUCCUUAACUUAUGAAGAAUUUCUUGGGAGAGUAGCUGAACUUAAUGAUGUGACUGCUAAAGUUGCUUCUGGUCAGGAAAAGCAUCUUCUUUUCGAGGUACAACCUGGGUCUGAUUCCUCUGCCUUUUGGAAAGUGGUUGUACGGGUAGUCUGUACCAAGAUUAACAAAAGCAGUGGCAUUGUGGAAGCAUCACGGAUCAUGAAUUUGUACCAGUUUAUUCAGCUUUAUAAAGACAUCACAAGUCAAGCAGCAGGAGUAUUGGCACAGAGCUCCACCACCUCUGAAGACCCUGAUGAAAACUCAUCAUCUCUAACAUCUUGUCAGGCUAGUUUUUGGAUGGGAAGGGUCAAGCAGCUGACUGACGAGGAGGAGUGCUGUAUCUGUAUGGAUGGUCGAGCUGACCUCAUCCUGCCUUGUACGCACAGCUUUUGUCAGAAGUGCAUUGACAAGUGGAGUGAUCGACACAGGAAUUGCCCUAUUUGUCGCCUACAGAUGACUGGAGCAAAUGAAUCUUGGGUGGUGUCAGAUGCACCCACUGAAGACGAUAUGGCUAACUAUAUUCUCAACAUGGCUGAUGAGGCAGGCCAGCCUCACAGGCCGUGACCUUGGGGUAAAGUGUUCUGUUGCUAUUGUGGGCUAUAAACACUUUGGUCACGGGGGAAGAAUGCAGGGUUGCUGUAGCACAGACACAGGUAGAAAUCAUUUUUUCCCUACUUUCUUAUUUUCGCUAUUCUAACACUUUGUCUCAUUGCUUUUGAUAAAGUUUCCAUGUCUUCCAUUUGUGGUAGACUAUAAUUUGCUACUGUUUUAGGCCAAUUUUUCCUAUUUACCUGUUCUAAUAUAUAUUAGGACUAAUUGCUCUUGAAUCCUUUGCUGAGGUAACAGCAACAUUUCCAGGGGCUUCUGAAACAUGACUGAUUUUCAGGGCAAGAGUAUUCUGGAAUCUAGUUAGUUAGGUUUAAAAUAAACCUUGAAUGUUAAGAAGUUGUAGCCAUCUGAGAGAAAAAUCCAAAAUGACUGAAAAUGUAGACUCUGUCCAAGUGCAUGUUACUACUUAAAUUAGUCUUUCUGCUGGAAUCCAAGGAGUAUGUAUGCCCCCUUGUGGUUAACUAUUGCUCCUUUCAUAAUUUUUUACUUGAAAUCAUCCGCAGUUGUUUCAUAACUUUAACAGUGUUUUGGAACUACACUUUUUUAAUUUAAAAGUCUUUCCCCCUCCCCCAUGCCAUAUAAUUUGCGUGAGAACUAUAAAUUUGGGCAUGUCUUUGCCUUGUAAAUAGAUUUCUGCUGGGGAAUCUUCUUGGCUGUUCUGGAAAUGCUUUCCCAAAGCUGGGAAACUGUUCUAGCUUUAGAUGGAAAUUUUUCUUCAUCACAGACCCUAAAUUUUAUGUCCAAAUUAUAGUAAAUCAUUAAAUAUUGGUUUAUGGUGCUUUUUUUUUUCUCUUAACUUGAAGGCAUCUGAGGUCCCAAAGUCUUCAAAUUUCUUGGAUGAAGAGAAAAUAGAGUAUAAUAGCCUUUUAAGCAUACGUACAUAAAACACCAAUGAAAAUUAGGAGAUCGACUCUUUUACUGUUUCAGUGUAUUUUAUUUGAAAUACUCUAUAAAAUAGUUAUAAUGGAAUUAUAAUGUUCAGUGGCACUUGAACCAUUUUUUAAAAAUUUUGCCAAUAGGCAAAAUAAGUAGGUACUUAUAAAUACUUUUACUUAUAAGUUUUUAUUUUCUGCUAAGCAUUAACAUUUCAGCAUAUAAUAAACUACGGUCUGAUGACCUUUUCUGACUUGUAGCAAAUACUGCUAUUUUUCAAAGUACCAAAAUAUACAAUCUAAGUUGCUGCUUAUUGUUUGGCAAAAUUUUCAGAUACUAGGAUUUUACUAUGCAUGCAAAUUAAGUAAUUCAUUUUUAGGAAAAAUAUCUGACCAAAAGUAGCUUGAUUUUACCCCCAAAUACUGAUGAUGAAAUGGUUGACAUUCAUGGUGAAGGCAGCUCAGUACCAAAUAGAUAAACAUUUGCUAUGGAUGUGUGCAGGCGGAGUACUGGGGACUCUAUCCUGUCAACCUGGCAAAGCAUUUGAUGGUUGUAUGACCUAGAGAAAGCCCUGUCCUCUAGUUUGUAGGUUCUUAUUUUAGAACAGGCUUUAUCUAUUGUUUUCACACUUUAAUUCAGCAGUAGAACCUUUUUUCCCCCAAGUAAAAAUCUUAGAACCCCUAUACACACACACACACCCUACCCUACAAUGUAUGUCAUUUUAUUAUUACAAAUUUCCUUAUAUAAACUUUAUAUACCAUAUAACUAAAUAUUUAUGAAGUCAACCUACAAAAACAUGUAACAAUGCACUGGUGAUAUCUGGUAUAUUGGAAUUUGACGAGUAACACAGUGGCAUGUUGGGAUUUGUUUUGUAGGGUUUUUUUUGAAAAAAUUUUAAGUCAGAAUUGCAGAACUCUGAAUUUCCUCGAUGGAUUCUUGGUACUCCACAUUUUAAUAAAGGACAUAUUUUGAAAGCCUUGAGAUAGAUAAUCUUCUGAGGUCUUUUCUAGCUGUAAGAUUUUAAAUUGCCUUUUUGGAUUAGACUGGCUGAGUCUAAUUUAGAAUGCUCACUUUAAGAAUGUUUCUGAAAAUGAGCAAAGUUGUAUAGAUUUUUUGAUCUUUCCAGGUAUAGCCAAUGACUUUAUCCCCCAGCAUCCUUCACCUUUCAAGGAAAUAAACAGCGAGCCUAAUGACUUGAUAAUACCCAGACCUCUUCCUUUUCUAGUAAUAAGCUCCAAGGUACUAACUGAUCUACUGUGAAAUAUGUUUUUACUAGCCUUAUCAAAUAAAUGAGCACAGGUUUUUGCUCACUCCAUUAAACUGGGUGAUAAUUCCAUAGAUGUGAAUGUUAGGUUCUACUGUAAUAACUAAUCAUAAAAGUUGUAAAUUUGUUAAAUGGAUGAAAUGUAUACUUUUUGUAUUCUGUACAGCUUGUCUUUUAUAAAUAUGAACUACUUAUAUGCACUUACUAUGAUAGGAAAUAUGGGUGCCUUCUAGGAUUUAUGAAGUGGUUUCAUGAACUCUAAGAAGUUUGUUUUAUAAGUUAUAAAGUUUCCCUAUCCUAACUCAAUAACAAAGUGUUUACUCAUAAUAUUGUAGAACUUUAGUUUGAGAAAAUGGAUUUGACUGUGUACCUAAUUUAGAAGUUGAGGAUAAUAUCUGUUUUAUUCUUAGGGCAAACUGACCUAUUGUGCAAUAAAUAAUCUUUAGUAAGUAAAUUUUAGCUAAUUGAAGAGGGUUUUUUUCUUAUCAUGUAGUUUCACACUCUUAUAUACUAAGUGUUUAUAUUCCUUAGAGGAUUGUUUUGUAUUGUACUCUGGGGGGGUUGUGAUGUUUUAUGCUGUUUGAAAACUCAUUUAAAUUAGGCUCAAUUUCAUAAUAUAAUGUAUCUGGGUAAUAAGGUUGCUUGACAAUAUCUUUCGGUUCAGUGAUUUAACAUUGGGAAGUUGGAUUCAUUAAAAGGCAGUCCAAAGAA